GACGCGUCGUGAAUAUCCUGAGGUACGGAGGUUCGUGUGCCUGUCCACUCCGCCCUAGGGAGGCCAUUUGUUGGUAUGUACGUUGCGUGUGCACAUCGCAUUGAGAUAUGAAAUAGAGCCAUUUUACAACGUUCAUAAACGUUCAAUCUCAAGCUUCCAGAGCUUAGCUAGAUCUAAGCCACCAGCGCGCGGCGUCGUUCUUUCCUACGCCCACUAGGCGUGUAGUCACACGGAACUGCCGGUACGACACUCGGAUUUGUCGCCAACUUGCGUAGCGAGGCGAUCUCUACACGUUGUUCGAGAACAAUGGGCAAAAGCAAAUAACCACACUAACCACUAAAAAUGGCAGUGACCAUACGAGGCAGGUCCAUGCCCUUUGUUCACAGUGGCACGACAGAAAGCACGCGGCGGCCAAAGUAAAUGAGUGCAAUAUAAGACACUGCCAGGCGCAGCUCUUUUUCAUUCUCAACCUUCGAAAAUCAAAAAUUCAUGUACGUCUCUGCUUCCAAUGGUCCCCCCGUCCUUCCUCCUGUGGAGGAGCUGCCCUCGGGCAAGUAUACGAUCAUAGAGCGACAGAAUCGCCAUCCGUUGGGACAUUUUGGCACCCUUUGGAAUGAGGUCGAGGAUUCGAUGACGAUUCCAGGCGAAAACGGGCAGGACCCGAGCUCCGGCAGCAAUUUUCUAACUGUGGAUUCAGAGGACCUGCCCACUAUACUUGUUCAUCCCGCGGACGGCCAAAAGACCUGCCCUAUAACAAACUUCAUUGAUGAAUAUUACUUACAGGACUCCGGGGAGCAAGCUGCCACUCGACGAGUGGUAAACAAUAGUAACGAACAAUUGGCUCAUCCGAGCUCAUCAAAAACGGCUGAAAAGAACGUGCCCACUGCCGGCAGCGAUGGAAACGUUCGACCAAAGCUUAGUCUGUCGGUUGACCAGCAACCAAAUCUCCGCCCUUAUAAACCUGCGGAACGGUUUUCUCCGUUGGAUCCAACAUGGCGCCAUGCCAUGUACGUUAGCGACACCGUUUGGCCCACUGCUAGAGAGGAAUCCGAGAAAUCCAAAAGACAUGGCAUGCGCAAGCAAGUCAAGGGACUCUUGCGACUUGGAGAUAGACUUUGAGCUUUUGAGGAAACACCGUAUGCUGCUCCUUAUGAUGUUGUUGAUGUUGAAAGGCAGGUAGUAAGUAAUCGUGGUUACCUCUAUGGACUUAUUUCUGUUUUCAUUAUGUUUACCGUUUCAUGUAAUAUGUCUCUGCCUCACAGGAUCCUGAAUGAGAUACCAUUAAUUUGACCG